GAACACUCUCUCUCUCUCUCUCUCUCUCUCUCUCUCUCUCUCUCUGGCAGCAAAAUCAGCAGUGGAAUGGCCUCAAGAAGAGGAGCUGUUCCUAGCCGAUUGGUCCUAGUGUCGGUAAUUGCGGUGGUGGUUAUCGGGUCAGCGAGGGCGGACUUGGACCAGGACAGGGCAGAGUGCGCAGACCAGCUGGUGGGCCUGGCUGGAUGCUUGCCUUACGUGGGCGGGGACGCGAAGGCCCCGACCAUAGACUGCUGCAGCGGGCUGAAGCAGGUCCUGCACAAGAGUAAGAAGUGCAUCUGCGUCCUCAUCAAGGACAGGGACGACCCGAAGCUCGGCCUCAAGAUCAAUGCCACCCUCGCCCUCGGCCUCCCCAACGCCUGCCAUGCUCCAGCCAACAUCACCCAGUGCAUCGAUCUUCUGCACUUGGAUCCGAAAGGGACGGAAGCUAAGAUAUUCAAAGAGACCAACAGCAGCACAACUCCAGGUCCGACCGCCAGUACUCCAGCAGUUGCCAACGUGAAUUCCACAAGCAAUGGGACGUCAGAUCCUGCAAAUGGGAGCAAUGGAAGGAAGGUGAACAUCGGAUUGGUAUCAGGGAUUACUUGUGGAGCUGUAAUAAUAUGGCUGUUCACAUCAAAUCUAAUGUUUUAUGUAUGAUUGUUGGGAUUGAUUAAUUUAAUGGGCCCAAAUUUUCUUGGUCUUUGUCUUUUUUCUCUUUUCUUUUCAAAUCUUCUCCUUUUUACUGUUCUGGUGAUGGUAGUUGACAUAUGAUAUAUGAAGAUGCAUGUUGAAAAUAAAGCAAACAUGCAUGCCCAUUUGUCCAUUUGUACUAUUCAAUAUCACGCAUUUGGUGGUUUGAUUGUGAUUUUUCACUAA